AUGCCUGUUACUGACGUCCUUAAGCGAAAGUCCGGUGUCAUCGUCGGCGACGAUGUCCGAGCCCUCUUCGAGUACGCCCGAGAGCACAAGUUCGCCCUCCCCGCCGUCAACGUGACCUCUUCGUCCACCGUUGUCGCCGUUCUUGAGUCUGCCCGAGCCAACAAGUCCCCCGUCAUCAUCCAGAUGUCCCAGGGUGGCGCUGCCUACUUUGCUGGCAAGGGUGUCGACAACAAGGAUCAGACCGCCUCCAUCCAGGGAGCCAUUGCCGCUGCCCAGUUCAUCCGAACCAUUGCUCCCGUUUACGGCAUUCCCGUCAUCGUCCACACCGACCACUGUGCCCGAAAGCUGCUCCCCUGGCUCGACGGUAUGCUCGACGCCGAUGAGGAGUACUUCAAGACUCACGGUGAGCCCCUCUUCUCUUCACACAUGGUGGAUCUCUCCGAGGAGGAGCACCCCGAGAACAUCGCCACCACCGCCGAGUACUUCAAGCGAGCCGCCAAGAUGAACCAGUGGCUCGAGAUGGAGAUUGGUGUCACCGGAGGUGAGGAGGAUGGUGUUGACAACACUGGUGUCGACAACUCCAAGCUCUACACCCAGCCCGAGGACAUUUACGCCGUCUACUCCGCCCUCGCUCCCAUCUCCCCCAACUUCUCCAUUGCCGCUGCCUUCGGUAACGUGCACGGUGUCUACAAGGUCGGCAACGUCAAGCUGCACCCCGAGCUCCUCGAGAAGCACCAGGCUUACUCCGCCGAGAAGGUUGGCUCUCCCGAGAAGCACGGCAACGGAAAGCCUCUCUUCCUCGUCUUCCACGGUGGAUCCGGUUCUUCCGACUCCGACUACAAGAUUGCCAUUGAUAACGGUGUUGUCAAGGUCAACCUCGAUACUGAUCUGCAGUACGCUUACCUUGUUGGUAUCAGAGACUACAUUCUCUCCAAGAAGGACUACCUCAUGCAGCAGGUCGGCAACCCCGAGGGUGAUGACAAGCCCAACAAGAAGUACUUCGACCCCCGUGUCUGGGUCCGAGAGGGUGAGAAGACCAUGGCCAAGCGACUCGACUCUGCCUUUGAGGUUUUCAACGCCAAGAACACCUUGUAA